UGUCAACACUCUUACUUUACAUCUUGAUUUCUCAUCUUGCUGCAUUAUCACCUUAUCGCACACUUUCACUUCAGCAGUCAUAUCCAUCGAGAAAAAAAAAAGUAUACCAACAAUGUCGAGCUUCGUUUGGAUCUGUGUGCUCCUGGCCGCCGUGGUCUGCUUCUCCGAAGCCCAAGUCAAUGAAGCAGGACAGACGUGUCUGUGUCAAAAUGCCAGGAACGGCAUCAGGUCCAAGUCCAGCAUAAAGGACAUCCAGAUCUACCCGGCAACUGUUUUUUGCAGUCGAGUUGAGAUUGUUGUUUCCCAGAAUGACGGCCUGCGUUAUUGCCUGAAUCCUGAGCUGAGGGCUGUGAAGAGGAUUGUGACUAGCAUAUUGGGGAAACAAAAAACCUCUAAGCCCACUUCCUUGACUUUCACUUCAACCAGCGCCAGCACACCUCGCAUCUGAUUCUCCCCUUUCGUUGAAUCAAAGACUCGUCUGACCUCUGACCUUUCGACAAAUGCACCUUCAAUAAAUGUGGAUUUAAAAUAGUUAUAUUAUUUAUUAGUACUGUAUUUAUGCUAAGGGAGACCUUGAGAGCAUCAAAUCUAUAAUGUGUUAUUGUUCAGCUAUGUUUAGUGGAUACAUUUAAAUGUUGUAUGUUUUUUAUGUGAUUUUGUUUGCCUCAGUUUUGUUUAAU